AUGACUAUUCGACUGGAAAUUGCUGGCAAGGCUCCGUUGGUCGACUACGCAGCGUUGACUGCUGCUGCGUUUGUUAACAGCGGCAGCGAGGAAUCGAUCGAAAUUGACGUUGUCGACGACAAGGUCGUUUCGAAGGAGGCCAACUCGCCAUUGAGACUCACUCAGGGCGACAAGAUCAUCACCUCUGGACCUGAGGCGCUCAACUUUUUGGCCGACGAGUACCCUAAGCUGUUUCUGGCCAAGGAGGCGUCUCAGGAAUGGAUCAAGUUCAGUUACGAAAAGCUCACUGUGAAAGACUUCAAGAAACUGUCUGCCGAUCUCGAAAAGCUGGACGCUCACUUGAACCUGAGAUCUUUCAUUGUUGGCUACGACAUCUCGCUCGCCGACAUCGCCGCCUGGGGUGCUUUGCGUGCGAACGCCGUCAUGGGAUCUGUUCUGAAGAACUCCGUCUACAUCAACAUCACCAGAUGGUACCAAUUUCUGGAGGCCGACAACAGGUUUGGCGGAAUGGUUGACUUCUUGGCCAAGUCGCUGGCCGAGAUCAGAAAGGCUGCUAAGGGCGGCAAGAAGGAGACCCACAAGGCGAAUUUCGAGAUCGAUCUGCCCGACGCCAAGGACGGCCAGGUCGUCACGAGAUUCCCUCCAGAGCCAUCUGGAUACCUGCACAUUGGCCAUGCCAAGGCUGCGAUUUUGAACCAGUAUUUUGCAGAGGCCUACCACGGAAAACUGAUCAUCCGUUUCGACGACACCAACCCUACCAAGGAGAAGGUCGAGUUUCAGGACUCGAUUCUGGAAGAUUUGGAGCUGUUGGGUAUCAAGGGAGACAGAAUCACGUACUCUUCGGACUAUUUCCAGGAGAUGUACGAUCUGGCCGUCAAGCUGAUCAAGGAGGGCAAGGCGUACUGCGAUGACACUCCGCUGGAGCAGAUGAGAGCCGAGAGAAUGGACGGUUUGAAGUCUGCCAGAAGAGACAGAAGCGUCGAGGAGAACCUCAAGAUUUUCACCGAGGAGAUGAAGAACGGCACCGAGGAGGGCCUGAAGAACUGUCUGAGAGCCAAGAUCGACUACACGGCGCUGAACAAGACGCUGAGAGACCCGGUCAUUUACAGAUGCAACCUGACUCCUCACCACCGGACCGGCACCGCAUGGAAAAUGUACCCUACGUACGAUUUCUGUGUGCCUGUCGUGGACGCGUUGGAGGGAGUGACCCAUGCUCUGAGAACGAUUGAGUACAGAGACAGAAACGCGCAGUACGAGUGGAUUCUCAGCGCCUUGAACCUCAGAAAGGUGCACAUCUGGGACUUUGCCAGAGUCAACUUCAUCAGAACGCUGUUGUCCAAGAGAAAGCUGCAGUGGUUUGUUGACAAGCAGUAUGUGUCCAACUGGGACGACCCAAGGUUCCCAACGGUCAGAGGUAUCAGAAGAAGAGGUAUGAGCGUGGAGGGCCUGAGAAACUUUGUGAUCUCGCAGGGUCCGUCCAGAAACAUCAUUAAUCUGGACUGGAACAUCAUCUGGUCUGCCAACAAGAAGGUGAUCGACCCAAUUGCGCCUAGACACACUGCUCUCGCUGCCGACAACCUGGUUCCUGUGAAGCUGUCCAACGGCCCGGAGAAGGAGUACGCCGAGGACAGACCAAAGCACAAGAAGAACCCUGCUGUUGGCACCAAGAAGGUGUAUUUCUCGUCGAACCUGCUUCUGGAGCAGGAGGACGCCAAGGCGAUUGCAGAUGGCGAGGAGGUGACGUUCAUGGACUGGGGAAACGUGAUCUGCGACAGGGUGGUGAGGCAGGACGGCGUGGUGAAGGAGAUCGAGGCGACGUUGCACCUGGACGGCGACUUCCGCAAGACUAGCAAGAAGCUGACGUGGCUGGCCGCCGACAAGCACGUCGACGUCGACCUGGUCGAUUUCGACCACCUGAUCACCAAGGACAAGCUGGACGAGGGUGACAACUUCGAGGACUUCCUCACACCUCAGACCGAGUUCCACACCAGGGCGAUUGCGGACGUGAACGUCCAGGAGAUGAAGGUGGGCGACGUGAUCCAGUUCGAAAGAAAGGGCUAUUUCCGGCUGGACUCCCACGCAGACGGCAAAUACGUGUUUUUCACUGUCCCGGACGGCAAGAGCGUCAACAAGUACGGAGCCAAGGCCUAG